AUGGGCCUGGGUGCGUCCUACAGCUUGGACAAGGAUGGUCAUUGGGUUGCUUUGCCGCACAAUUCAUAUGGGCGUGCGGAUUUGUUGAACGUUGGCUCCAACGACUUCGACCACCCAGAUCCAGUAUUCAUCUUCGUCGGGGUUCAGACAUCAGGCACCAAGGAGUGGUCACCUAUUCGGAUAAAACCGCUUCCGCUGCGCAAGGACGCACACGGAGAAUUUCAGCCGCUCGAGGAGAUCAACAUACCGUAUGUGCAGGGCGACAUCGACCAGACUGAGAUCGUGUGCGAUCCCUGGGGUAGCGUUGGUAGGACAAUGCGGCGAGGUGGGAGGCUGUGA